AUGUCCGCCACUGCGCCCUCACCGCCUUCCACCGCCGCCGCGUCCGCCUCGUCCGUCGUCUCUGCAGUCUCGUGCGCCUCCGUCGCGCCAGCACCCGACGCACCGGCUGCGGCGCUGCGCCUGCCGCUGCCGCCUUCCGCCUCGGCCCCAGCGUCACUCGCCUGGACGGCGCCGCGGCUGCCCGUCGAGCUGCGCCUGCUCAUCGUCGCGCAUGCUCUCAACGCCCUCCUUGCCAUGCCCUGGCCGCGUCCGGGCGGCGCGCUGGCGCUGGCUCUUGUCGAGCGAGCCACCGUUUGGCCAGUGCUCUGCGUGCUGCUGCGUGCGCCGCGCCUGGCCAGCGAGGCUGCCGUGCGCAAUCUCGACGCUCAGAUGCGCGCCGAGCCCUUCCUCAGCGCUGCUCACCGCACUCGCCGUCUGCUCGUCAGUCGCUUCGACACCUAUCCGGUGUUUGAUACACACCUCGACCGCUUAGAGCUCAGUCUGGCAGACGUCGAGCUGGCCGACGACGCGCUCCUGGCCUCGCUGCUCGCACGCUUCCCACAUCUCGCCUCGCUCACGGUCUUCGACUCGCCGCGAGCGCUGGAGCACCACUGGCCACCGGCUCUGAGCGCGCUCACCUGCCUGUGCAUCAAUCUCGAUAGUGAGCAACCUGGCUCCCCAUCGGCGCUUCUCGCUGGCGAAACGUCUCUGCGCCGCCUGACGCUCCUCGGGCCGGGCCUGCACUUGUCGUGGCCGCUGUGCCAGCGCAUCGCCGCGCAACCUAUGUUGCAGGAACUUGUGCUGUUUCUGCCGGGAGGCCCAGUAGACGAUUUCGACCCCGCAUUUCUGUGGGACAGCGCGACGCUCCGCAAGGUCACCAUCGUAGUGCCUGUCCGCUCGGCCGUUCCCGACUCGAGUAUUGUGUGGAUCGAGUUGAUGUUGAGACGGCUCAGGAUUCAAGGGCAGCAGCUGGAGAUCUGCUUCGUCGUCUGCCGCCUUUCGGUAUCGCGCGAGAACACGCGCGGCCGACACGUCGAUGAAGAGCUGGGUCAGGCGCUCACGCAGGAGCGCGAGGACCUCUCCGAGCGGCUGCGACGAGUGACCGGUGUGGAUCCAGCCACGGACAUGUCCACCUGGGAGGCCGAUGAGCGCUCGAUCUUCGAGUGGACCCUGGCAUGCUGUGCCGACGGCCUGCGCUUCUUCGCUCCGACGUCAAACGCUUGCGACGGGCGAAUUUUUACUGCUGAUCCGUGGUGCGCCGGUCUUGACCACGGCCGGCUCGAGGCGCCUGCGCAGCCCUUCAUUCUCGAGCUCGACGGCGAUGACUGUGAUGCCGACGCGGCGACGCGCGCCGCACAUGCGCAAAAGAUAGACGACCAUUUCGAAAUGAUUUGCGAGGUGCAGCAGUGGGUGGUGCCGGAGUGAGGGUAGCGG